GGCAGAAGCGCGCGAGUCAAGAACGCCGAGCGGAGCAAGCCGAGAUCUACUAAGUGAAGAUGACCUGGAAGACUUUCACGCUUCUACCCCUGCUAUUGGCAGCAGGCCUAGCCAAUCCCUUGAGCUCCACAACGGAGCCAUCUACCCCACCAGCUCCCAGUCCCGACGUGCCGCAGAUCAUCAAGGAGGAGCACUUCCCGGCCAUGGCCCCGCCCCAGGCUCUGGAGUCCAGCGGAUCCAGUGGGCAACCCAUUAUGCUGCAACCUCCUCUCGAAUCGGCCAGCGCUGAUGAGGACGCACUGCGUCGCCGCACAAUCACGUACGACCAGCGCCAGGAGGGGCAGUACAACAUUCGCGCUGAUUUGGAGAACUUCAUGAUCCUCCUGAUACCACCUGGACCGCAGGAGGGCAUCAGCCUGCUGGAGCUGCUGGGUCGCGGAAACACCAAGGGCAGUGGACCGCUCAAGCGCAAACAUCCCGCGAGGAGCAACUCACUGAAGUCCUUCUACCAGAAGAGUCAUCUCCAGAAGUUGCAGCAGCAACAGAACCAGCGCCAAUCCUCGCCAGCGACUCAUCUGCCGGAGUUCAUUGAGGGUCGAACGCCCUAUCACGUGGACAUCUCAGCCAGCGAUCCGGAGCAGGCUCAACGCCUGCAGCGCCAGCAGGUGGACGUACUGCCUCCGCAACUGAUACCCAUGCCGCAGCUAAUUAAGCCCUUCCACUUGGAGGCGGAACCGGAGUUGAUUCAGGCUCUGCCCCCCGUGUCGGCCAGCAGCAGCGCCGGCUCUAAUCUCCUCGAGAGCUUCAACCAUCCCGGAUCGCAGUACUUCCGCAGCUCCCGCUCCCUGAGAGGCGAUAGCUAUUUAGAUACCAAUCGCCUGACCGGUGGCGACUAUGCCAGUCCGCGCUCCAUUAGUGCGCCCAUUUACCGCAGCGAUCUUGGCAGAGGAGCCAAUGGCCUUUACCCCCCUAUCGACGCACCCACCUACUUCGCGGACCAAUCGCGCUCCUGGCAACUGGACGAGGAACCCACUCGGGCACAAGCGGUGGAGCCGGAGAUCGUUAGCUUCGAUCUGUUGGCCGACGACGACCUGGCCGAGUCGCGAACCCUCCUCCGGGACGGACUGGCGCGCUGCGCUCGCGGAGAACGGCGUGAUAGCUACGGCGAAUGUCGCCAGAUCGAGGGCUACUAAGCGGAGGAGUGAGAACGCCAGACUGCCAGCCUAAAUGUUAGUUUCAUACAUUGCACACUCUAGAAUUAAGCCGACGAAAUUGUCUUAUUAAUAAAUACGAAAACAUAAUCGA